CUUCACGCCGGUGGCCGGAUAGACGGAAUCGUUCUCGUCGCGACGUGAAACAUCCGUCAUUUCCAUUGUUUUUUUGCAACCACAAAUUAGGCGAAUUAAUUCCUUGCAUAAGAAAGAAAGGUUGAGUUGGUGAAAUGGAGUCAGCUGGUCGACGUAUCCAAGCCAACUGCAAGAAACCUACCCCACGAAGUGGCCAUGUGGCUGUGACAUACGGUGGCCUUAUGCUUGUAUGGGGAGGCUAUACAGAGCAGCUCAAUUUCUCCGAUGCAAAUGAGACAGGUCACCAGAUGUGGUAUGUGGGUGAUGACAUAUAUUUAGAUGGCAAAGAAGUCUGGUGUUACAACAUAGAGGCAAAAGUGUGGGACGUUUGGCAUACCCGGAAAAGUCCCCCAGGUAUGUCUGGGAGCUGUGCUGCUUGCAUUGGCAAACACAUGUACCUCUUUGGUGGAUACUACAAGAAUGGCAAUUCCAAUGAGCUUUACAGGCUGGACCUGAAGACUAAAGUUUGGAAGCACUUAAAGCCGGAAGGAAUGCCGCCCUCGCCCAGGGAUAAAGUGACAUGCUGGUCAUAUCAAGACAAACUGGUCAUCUUCGGAGGAUUUGGCCCGCCUCCGUAUAACGAAGACGAUACUAACAGAACAGACGAGUGGCAGUUGGACCCGUCAAGCUUCUGGUCACAUGAAAGGGGAUGGAAUAACCAAUUAAUUGUCUACAGCACAACGGACAACAGAUGGAGUUAUGUCAAAUCAGAGCGUCAUCGGCCCUGUCCAAGAGCAGCUCACGCUGUGGCUGUCAUCGGCAACCGAGGGUACGUGUUUGGCGGUCGUUUCGAGGACGUUCGCAUGAAUGACCUCCACGUCUUAAACCUGGACUCCAUGGAGUGGGUCGGAAGUAUUCAACCAGCAAGUGAAGACAUACCAACAGGCCGGUCAUGGCAUUGUAUGGCCCCAGUAAGUGAUAGACACCUGUUGGUCUAUGGUGGUUACAGUAGCGGUAGGCCUACAGACUGCAAGCCUCUUAAUGACGUGUGGGUUUUUGAUGUGGAGAAUCACACCUGGCACCAACAGAAAAGUCUACCCUCAGAAACAAGAAUGUGGCAUACGGGAGUGAGUGGUGCUGACUUGGGGGAAGCGGUGGUCUAUGGAGGAUGCAGCAACGAUCUCUUAGAUCAAGACCAAAGAAGUGUCCACUCCAGCAAGUGUUUCCACUUCUUCUUCAGCCCCAAGAGCCUCUCAAGACUUUGCGCGGAGGCCAUUGUCAGUGAUAUAGACGUUUUAGGCAGUGAGCUGAGUUUUCUUCCCACUAUGCUGCACAGAAAGAUUGAGCUUUGCUUAAACGGCCGUCAGAAAGAUGAAUCUAAGAACCAUUCCUACAACCUCAGAUCACGGUCGCAGAGUUCAUGAUGUCUGGGUGGCUCAACGCGGACGGAUCAGUUGAAGCACGGACUAUGUGGGUACACAAGAGGGCGCUAUUGCACUUCACCGGUUCACAGACUUUUUGCAUCAUCUUUAUAUGAUCAGUGUGUACCAGGGAAGGCAGGUAGACUGGUUUCGGGUCCCUCUGUUAUCGUUCUGAUGUUGAAUACAUAUGGAGGCAGAAACCAGUCUAGGAAGGCACGGUUCAGUGACAAUUACUGUAACCAUCCACUCCAUGUUUAGAGUACUGUGUGGAACUGAUCUAUUGUUUGUUUGUUUUUAGCUUAAAAAGCCUGCAAAGCUUGUGCCUUGUGUGCAAACGGCACGUCACAUCGUGCAUCAAGUGUAAACAAGAUGCAUAUAAGAACUAGAUAUAUGCAUGAAGUCACCAAUGGAAAUCCCACAUCAAGUUGGAGUUCCCGUCUCAUCGCUCUGCUUUAAGCAAAAAAUGUCCACAAACUGUAGAAAGUUGUAAGUCAACAAUUAGCGUAUUUCAUGAGUUACAAAGGAAUCUACAUGUAUUGAUGAAGAGGGGUGCUGUGAGGCCUGGCCAUACAAUUGAGCGUUUGUGUCUGUGUAGUCUGACCCUCAAACCUGUGCAAGGGCACCCCCGUAGUCUUUGAGUGAAGGAGUCAGCAAAACCCCUCCUGAUGUGCUAUUCUGAAAUAAUUUGCUUAGGGCAUUUGGUCUUUUUAAUGCCAUAUCCUCCCCCUCCCUCCUUCCCCCCCCCCCCCUCCCUUGAAAAAUCCUGUUGUCCCCUUUGAAAAAUACUGGCAAGAAACCUGUAACCAAAAUGACACAUUCUUCAAGGCAUGUAGAAUCAUUUGCAUUUAUCCCAAAAGUACCCUAGCAAAUUAUUGGAUUAAAGAUCAGACUCUUGACAUUAUUCCAUCUGGUUUGCUGUCAUUAAGAAGUCAAGAAUAUUAGUGAUUUCCAAUGAUCAGUCAAUUGAGUGUUUUUGGAAUAAGGAGUUAAAAUGACGAAAUCGUGUUUUGUGAUCAUAAGGCUGUGCAGAAUUUUUUACUGUUUUUCUCGAAAAGUGUAAUAUCCACUGAGCUGAAACUGUUUGGUUUUGAACAUUCUUCCUUGGAUUUUCAGUGGUGCUAUUAUUGGAAAUAAACAAAAUGCAUGAAAAGCAAAUGAUCCUAUAUGCCUUUAAAGGUAGAAUAUAUCAUUUGUCAUUUGUGCAUUUUCCGUUUGAAGCAACAAAAGUGUUCAAAACCUAAAGGAGGGCGCUUAACAGCUAACCUGAUAUUCUGAGAAAACAAUAUUCAAGGAUCUCGAUUUCAAUUCAAAAGUUGCAGUCAUGUUUUGAAUUGCGCUCAAAAUCAGCGUCUGGGACACAUUCACAUUCAGCCAAUUGCAGCUACGCGAUGCCCCGCACUUAUAGCAAUCGCAUGCGCGUGUGUGUCAUGUCAAUGCUUGCGCGCACCUAUUCACGGCUAUUAAACCAAGAAUGCUUUCCAACAAUUAUUUGGUCAGUUACUUUUUGGAUAGCUGCAAAUGAUCUACUCUGCCUUUAAGGGUUAUUCAAGUCCUCCCAAGUCAUCACAAGUCCAUCACCAGUCAUCCAAGCUAUCCAAAUGAAAUGUGAUACAGACGUCUCCUGUGUGAGGCAUGACUAGUGAUAGACUUGUGAUUGGACUCACGAGUUGUGUUUGACUUGUGAUAGACUUCACUACAGCUCUUACAUCCAACUCUAUUCAAAGUGCUGGAGGCUUGGUCAAAGUAUUGAGAUGUUUGCUCACACUAUUGCAUGGACUGGGAAUUUAUUUCUUAAAAUCAAAUGACACUCAAAUGCAUCUUUGGAAUGUUUUUUUUUUAGAUUCCGUGAAACUGUUCUUAGAUCUAAAAAGUUUUCUAAAGUUAUGGUUUCAUUUUAACAAAUCCAACAAAGACGAAUGGACAGAGUUUCCAUUCUAUAAAUUUUUUAUUUAUUUUCAAGAUUAUUUACACAAUUACAAAUGACACUUUCUCAAAGUGAGGGUAAAUAACUAGAGCUAGUGGUUAUCGUUUCAUUUGAUUUGAAAUUUUUAUGCCAAGAUGCUUUUUUUUCCUCACAAAGAUUUUUUCCAACUGUGGUCGAAUGAUGGCAUUAUUGGCAACUUCAAGAUUUUCACAUUAUUAGGAAAGAAUGUUGCAUACUGAUGCCACUUUUUUUCAUCAUAUAUUUUCUCCAUGAAGGUCAGUCAGUGCCAAAAUGUUGAAGAGACAUGAAUCUGAGACGGAGAAACAUUUCCAAUUUUGUUAGAAAAUACUUUGAAAAUGCACUCGUCUCUCCUUGGACUUCGUACACAACCAAAAAAGUGGGAUCUGGAUGCUAAGUCUUUCCAAACAUAAUAUUGCAAGUACUAAUCAUAUUUGAAGAAAUUGAAUCUCUAUGAUAUUGUACAAUAAUAAUUUUCGUCAGAUGCAUACUACUCUUACGUUGAAAAAAUACAAAGUGAGAACUACACUAUAAAUUGGAAAAACAAAACAAAACGAUGGUUGUUUCUUUAAUUCAGAUUCAAAUUUCUGCUUUUUCGUAAAAACAUCCAGCCAAUUUUUCUCUAUUUCUUGCUCCGGGCCAUUCUGACGGUUUGAAUGCUUGAACUAAUAGCAAGGUGCCUGCUCUGCUUUACAAUUUUCAGCUUUAAUAGUGCAUGCACUGCAAAGGGGACUCAGACCUAAUGCACAUAAGAUUUGUGAAAUGACUAUUUUAGGCCUUUACUUGGUUUCAUCCACUACUACUGUUUCCACUGCUGUAUAUAAUGCAACGGUUUAAGUUGAAAGAAAUAUGAUUUAUGAAUUUAAUAUAUUUUACAAUACAUCUUGUAUAAAUCAUGUUUCACAUGCAUGGUGUGGAAUUACGAGAGGCAUCCAUUAUUAACAUGAUUUCAUUGAAAUGGUGGAUUUUAUGAAUAAAUUUUAGCUUUGUUUCCAAAA